AAACAGAAACACAACUAGAAAAGAAAAGGAAAUUCAUAUAUAUCUUAAGAAGAGCCUCUUCUUCAUACGUUUUCGUUCCUCCACUCUCCUUCCGAAACUAACAGAAAUUUAUACAUCUCACGCCCCCUUUCUCUCUCUAUAACUGCCCUAAUAUCACACUCCAUUCUCUCUCUAAACACCCCCCCCCCCCCCCCCCCCCCCUCUCUCUCUCUAGACUCCACAACUCCCCCUCGCCGUCGAAGUCUCGUCCCACAACAAUUCUUUUCCUGGAAUGAUAUAAUAUACAUAUAUUUUAUACAUAAACACGCAUACGAACACUCUUUGGCGGUUAUUCGAGCGGUUAGGGUAUGCUUGGAUCGUAUUACGGCUAACUACCUCGUCUGGCGUAUUCAUCAAUCAAGGAGGUAGGGUUAGUUCUCUGUUUCAAUAUUGUUCUGGGUCAAGAAUUUUCCUAUUUGGGUAUUGAUUUUGUUCUGUUCAAACCCUAGGCGUCGGAACUCAUGUUUUAGGGUUUAUAUCGCUUUACAUUCUCAUGGUUGUUACUCUCUGAUUCUAUUGCUCUCUAGGGUUUUUUGUUGGUCUGAUUAUUUGAACCGUUGUUUGGGAACAGAGCGAUUUUCUUCACUUUUACACGACUUGUGAACUUUUCAUGAUAUUGAACUCUAGUUUUUGGAGAAUGAGGGUCCUCUGAGUGUGCUCUCUUCAUCUGCAAAUCCAUCUUUUGUUGAAGAUGGAGGCGUAGGGAAGCUAUUCUUCUGAUCUUCUUUGAUUGUCUCGGAUCAGGGUUGUGCCUCUUGUUCUUGCUCUUUGGCUUGUGUUAAUCCUUACUCUUAUUUUAAUUAACCUAGAGAGGGCAUGAACUCUAGUUUUGCUUGACAAGAGGAACUCAUUAAUUUCUUUUUAAAAUCGAUGGGCGCUUUUGGAAGGAUUUGAAGUUUUUGAUUAACGGAUGUGGUUGGGCAAUUGGUGUCAAUUGUGAAGCAAUAUUAGGCCUUACUAGUUGUGCAGAGAAAUAAUAUAAUUUUGCUGGGGGAGUUUUAGGGAGAAAAGGAAGGCAAGUAUACGUUUCUUUUUAUAUUUGAUCAUGUUAAAUUCUCAUGGAAAGAAGUGAACCCACACUAGUUCCAGAAUGGUUGAGAAGUACUGGAAGUGUUACUGGGGGUGGCAAUUCAGGCCACCAUUUUGCAGCAUCUUCUAUGCACUCAGAUGAUCAUUCCUUGGGACACCCCACGAGAAAUAGAUCUUCUAGGAGCAUAAUUGAUAGAGACACCCCUCGUUCUGCUUUUCUGGAUCGAACCUCUUCUUCUAAUUCUCGGCGUAGUUCAACUAGUAAUGGUUCUACAAAGCAUCCAUACAGUAGUUUCACUCGAAGCCAUCGGGAUAAAAAUCGUGACAAAGAUAAAGAGAGGUCGGCUAUUGGAGACCUCUGGGACAAUGAUUUGUCUGACCCAUUAGGAAACAUCUUAAUUAGUAGGGGUGAGAAGGAUACACUGAGGCGUUCCCGUUCAAUGGUGUCCGGGAAACAGAGUGAGGUGUUGACUCGGAAAGCAUUGAACUUAAAAAAUGGCAGUAGCAACAAUCACAAUAGAGGCAAUGAUAUGCCUUCUGGGGGCAGCAUUGUUAGUGGCAUCCAGAAAGCUGCAUUUGAGAAGGAUUUUCCUUCCCUCAGAACUGACGAGAAGCAAGAAGAACCUGAUAUAGGGAGAAUUUUAUCUCCUAUUUUGAGCACAGCAGUCCAGAGUUUACCUAUUGGUAGUUCAGGCUUGAUUGGUGGUGAGGGAUGGACCUCAGCUUUGGCAGAGGUGCCCAAGAUAAUUGGCAGCAAUAGCACGGGGACAUCAUCUAUUCAACAAAGUGCUUUUGCCACUCAAUCUCCCGGGGCUUCAAGUGCUUUGGCUGGUCUUAACAUGGCUGAGACAUUGUCACAGGCUCCAUCUCGAGCACGUACCACUCCCCAGCUACCUGAUAAGACACAACGGCUUGAGGAAUUGGCUUUAAGGCAAUGCAGGCAACUAAUACCCAUGACACCCUCCAUGCCUAAAGCUUUGGUUCUUAAUUCUUCUGAUAAAUCAAAGCCCAAAUCAGCAGCUAGAACCAAUGAUACAAAUGUGGCUGCCAAGAGUGCGCAGCAGCAGACCCAUUCGUCGCAGCUUGCUACUCAAUCUCUUCGUGGUGAACAUGUCAAAUCUGAUGCUCCAAAGACAUCUGCUGGUGGGAAGUUCCUUGUUCUCAAACCUGUCUGGGAGAAUGGUGUCUCUUCUACUGCAAAGGAUGUAUCUAGUCCGACUAGUAAUAAUGUCAGCAAAGAAGCAAAUAGCCAGCUUGCUGUUGCUCCCUCUUCUCCAUCUGCUCCUGUGAAGAGCCCAAAGCUUUCCUCUGUUGAACGGAAGGCGGCUACCUCAAUUGCCACGUUGGAGAAGAAACCUACCCUCUCUCAGGCCCAGAGCCGGAGUGAUUUUUUCAAUCUCAUGAGGAAGAAAACCUCAAAGAAUGCGUCUUUCAACCUCACAGAUUCAGGAACUUCUGCUUUAUCUCCUACUGUAGAAAAAUCUGGUGAAGUAGCCAAGGAAGUUAAUGUUCCUGUUAGUCCUUGUGCUACUGAGAAUGGUAGCAAGGUGACUAGCAAUGGUGAUACUCAUGAUGAUGUUCAGACAAUUUCUGAUGUUGGGGAGAAGAAUUUGUGCCUUAAUGGAUCAACAUAUCCAUCUGAGGAGGAGGUCAGGUUUCUUCGUUCUCUUGGUUGGGAGGAAAAUGCUGGAGAGGAUGAAAUUACGGAGGAGGAGAUCAAUGCAUUCUUUCAGGAGUGCAUGAAAAAGAAGCCAUCCUUGAAAGUGUGCCGAGGAAUACAGCCAAAGCUUGCAAUGCUGACUGAAUCUCAUGCAAGUGGUUCGAGCAGAGGUUCCACGGAGUUGAACUCUCACAAAUCUGAGUCCGAAGCUUAAUUUACUGAUUUCUGUUCUUGAAAGAUCCAAAUUUUGUUGGCAGAUGGUUUCUAUAUUUCUAAUCUCUUUUGUUCAGAUGGAAUGCUGAUGAGUGGGGUGUGAGAGAUGUGGGGAGGUCUGGUGGGAUUGUUUGCAGUUGAAAGAUAGUAGAGUAAGUUAGAGGUGCCCCAGUUCUACCUCCCUAAAACUGUAAUUUUUUAUUCUCCAAGGCUGGUUAGGAGAUGGUAGGUUAGGGCAUAUGUUGAUCUGCUGCUGUGGAUGAUGCUGGCAAGUUGCAUCUUUUGGUAUAUCUUGUCAUUUUCUUCCCUUUCUUUUGGAGAUCAAUUCAAAAAAAAAAAAAAAAAAAAAAAAAAAAAAAAAAAAUUGGUGUUUUGGGCAAUUUUACGGGAAAAAAAGGAAAUCUAGUUCUUUUUAUUUUUAUUUU